AUGUAUUAUGGUCCUAUGCAUGGGUGGUGGAUGUUUCCGUUCGAGAGGAUCAUUGGGGCACUCCAAAAAACAAAUACCAACUACAAGAUAGGAGAACUAGAGAAGACAAUGCUGGAGACAUUUUGUGCAGCCACAAAUAUUAAAGCCAUGGUGCAGGAUCCCACAGGACCAGCCAUUCUCAAUGAAGCCAUGACAAUUUUGGGUCAAUAUUGUGACCCAUUCACAGGAGGCAAUAUCCAUACCAAAAUGGACAUUCUGUUAGCAGGCAGACAUGAUUGCCCGAUAACCUCCUGA